UUUACGGCACUGGACGCCGUGAGCGCUAACAUAUACGCAUCGUUCAGACUAUCGACGACGAUCGAUGUGAACGCUCCCGAAUUUACGUUUUGCGCUCGGCGUUCUGAGUGCACUGAAAGCGCGGCUGAAUUAAUACUAUUAAUUUAAUAGCUUGGACGUGACCGAAGUGAGUGAAAAAGUCAUUGAUGAACCAGUGAACCGGUCCUGGAGAAAAUGGAGUACUUUCAGCGAUUUAAGGAGUUUCGAAGGAGAGUACAUCUCUUUAGGGCUCUGCACCCACGAUCGAGGGUCUUGCGGGAUCGUAGCAACCCCCUCGAAAAUUUUACCGAAAGUGAGUUUCGAAGAAGGUAUCGUUUUUCAAAAGAAACGACGAUUUACUUGGCAGAUAUGUUGCGACCUAACCUAGAUCACCAGGACAGAAGAGGGUUGGGGUUACCAGUGAUGCUUCAGCUCCUGGUAGUUUUGAGUGAUAAUUUUCCUGGGAUCAUUGGGGCAAUAGAUUGCACCCAUGUCAGGAUAAUGUGUCCAAGGAAGGAGGAAGCUGAGAGAUUCUGCAAUAGAAAAAGAUACUACUCAAUCAACUGUCAGGUAAUUUGUGACGCUGAUAAGAAAAUCACAAAUAUUGUGGCAAGGUGGCCUGGCUCAUGCCAUGACAGUAGAAUUUUUCGAAAUUCAGUAAUAAAAGAGGUGUUAGAGAGUGGCACCUUCUCUGGGCACCUAAUUGGGGACAAUGGUUAUGCAUGUUUUAGGUACCUACUGACACCUGUUGUAAAUGAAAGGACACCUGCUGAGAGAAGGUAUAAUGAGGCACAUAAAAGUGCCAGAAAUGUUAUAGAGAGUGUGUUUGGCAGCUGGAAGAAGAGAUUCCCCUGUCUCCACUACACGUUGCGCACUAAGGUGUCAACCACAUUAAAAAUUAUUGUAGCUUCAGCUAUUCUUCACAAUAUUGCUGUUGAGAGAGCGGAGGAAGAAUUCGAUGAUGCUUUAGAAGAGGAGGAAGUAGAAGUAGAAGCAGACGAAGCUGAUCAUCCUGAAGGACUAAGGACAUAUUCAAGGUUAAAAUCUGGACUAUCAUGAUUUCUUAAUUUCAAAUAUAUUUCAAAAUCUUGAAAUAGAGUAACUGAUAGGGUGACAAACUUCUUGUAGAAAUUCAGUGAAUAAAUU